AUGAAGCGAUUGCAGCUAUUUGGAAGAGGAAAAGUCGAUUCUCGUGAAAGCUACAGACCUUUACCUUCGACUUUUAAGAGCAACGCGAAAUCAGAUACCUCUCAAAGAGUCAGCAAUGAUUUGAAACGAAAUGAAGCCUCAGGCUUAUUACAGCUUCCAAGCAAAGUGCUGGAUCAAAUCCUGAAUCUUUUGGACACACAGACGCUGCUCUCUUUGUGCCUGGUACACUCAAAGCUGUAUAAUAUCAUCAGCAACAAUUUUCUAUACGAACGCAUUGUAUUGAAAGACAAGGUGGCUUUGCUUAAGUUCGCUGCGCUUAUUCACUGUGAGUCACACACUAUCGAUGCAUUGACACAAGAAAGGGAAGGCUCUGUUUCGCAGAACUUGAGAUUUUUAGUGAGAUCGUUGGAAUUUGUUAAUCCAUCCUAUCAGGACUCUCUCCUCAAAUACAGCAAGUUUUGUGGAAAAGACCAAUCAACAACCAUCGGAGGGUCCUACAGAAUUUCAAACGUUAGUACAAUAAAAGAUAUGCAAGGUUUAGCUCGGGGCAGAUCUGGAGAGCCGAAUAGCCACGCGGGUUCUAGUGGCGUCUCCAGGGAAAGAAGUCAUUCAUCAGAAAGUAGAUCAUGGCAAAGUACUAACCGGUCGCCAAGCUCCUUGAGAGAGAAAACCUACACGCCCUUGGGAUCAUUUUUUGAGAGCUCGUCCACGUCCUCGAUUUCGAGAAUGAUAGAGAAAUACGAGAACCACACCUACAUUGAAUUGAUGCUGGACAUCAUAGAUUUCUGCCCCAACGUAACAAGCAUUAUUCUAAGCGAUAUUCAGCACGGUUUCAAAGUUCCUUUGUGGUAUUCGGUUUUGAAUGACGGAUCAAAAGACUUUUUCAAACGAAUUAUAAAAGGGCAGCAGUCCAUGAAUAGAGACGAUCUAAUGAGUUUCCAGCUAUCUUCACAGUGGAUUUCUGACUACGAAGAGAAAUACCACACCUUUCCAAGAUUCAAGAGAUUGGAAUUGAGGGGGUGUGAUGAUAAGCCCCCUGUCAUUCUAAGAUCGAACAUGUUGAGCUGUUUCGGCGUCUUUGAAGAACUUUCACUAAAGAACAUGGCCCUUGAUGCUGAAUCUUUGGACACACCUUUCGAAUAUGUCCCUUUUUACAUGAAAAUUGGUGACAAGGGUUUACUAGAUCUUCACUUUCCAGUGACCACGCUUUUGAUUGAUAGAUGCGAGAUUAUACCCGGGAAUGGUAUAAUGAAACUAAUGUGCUCCUAUUUCCACAGAGUCAAAAACCUAAAACUGCUGAGCUUGAGAAGCAAGUAUGACUUGAUUUUAACCCGGUGCUUCCCCAAUUUAGCUCAUGUAACUAUAGACUGCAACAGCAAUUGCUUUAAAUAUGAACGAGUUGUGGGGGACGCAUACUACCAUAAAGAAGUUAACUGCGACCUCCCUGACGAUCGUUCUGUUGCAGAAACCUUAGUAGAUUCCACAGUGACCCAGGAACUCAUUAUCCCUCCAGCUACGACACCAAUAGUUCUCGCAAUGAACGGGGGAUACAUCAAACGUUCUAGUGGUGUGGGUGGGAGAAAGCCCGGAAUCAUCAGUGAGCUUCAAGAACAAUAUUUCACAAAUAUGAAGGUUCCUCCAUUUCACUAUUUUUAUCAUUACUAUAAAAGUAUCUGGGACCGUAUUCCAAACAGAAACGUGAGUAUCAAAAUAGUCAACAUCCCGUUUACUAAUGUUUUCCCUUUGCCACCUGAUAUCUACUGGCGGCAGCUUGAGUCCUACGCGGAUGACGAUUCCCAAACGCUUUGUGGUAAUUCCCGUAACUUAGAAGCCAACGAUGAAUCACAAUGGUGGAACGAAAGAAUAGCUCAGUGCAGGAAUGACGCGACAGCUGCAAGCAUAAACGAGGAAAAUGAUGGCCAAAACAGAAGCGACGGCUACAAUCUUUGGAAUAAUUACCAAAAUGCGCACAUUUUCAAAGACAUUCCCAACGUCAAUGUUUGGUUGUUUUUAAAUUCGCUCUCAAACUUCAAGUCUGUUGAGAUUGAGAUGCUCAAAAAAUGGCUUUUUUGCACGCCGCGGACUAGGUAUGAUUGGGAGUUGCUGUUGAAACCUAUUUUGAACGGAAAGGUUCCAGUGACAGUCAGAGACCAUGAUGGUUUCGUUCUUUACAAGUACGGUGCUAUUUAA